AUGUUCAACGCAUACCGCCGCCUUGUACAAUACAUCAGUCUCCCUGGCCAAGCUACUUCACCAUGUCCGCUUGGUCAGACCGACUUGUGGCGCGUUGUGUUGUCACGCCAUCAGGGAGGGCUUGCUACACAUUUGAGUCCAGUCCAUUUAAACGCAGUCGACUUUGUUUACGCCACUUGCGCUGAUUGUUUCUGGCCCUUGCAAAACUCUCGUUAUCGGUUUGUGCGGUCACUUUCUCCCGAUCGGCUCACUCAUUUGAUCGAAGGCAAUCCUUUUACUGGUCCUUCCAGUCCGUCGUCUGGUGACAUUGGCAGUGGUGCUGCAGCGUUGUCUGAUGCAAACGAUCAACAUGGAGGUCGAAGCAAUUUUGUGAUGGCCAAGACACCUGUUUCAAUUAACUCCCUCGCCCCAGAUCUAACAGAUGAAGAAGUAUCAAGCUAUGUUUGCUCACUCGUUCCUGGGCACAGAGUUCGCCUCAAUAACCGUUUCCUAGGGACUCUACGCCGCCACUUUGCACCGAUACCUGGCUGCCCAGGCUACUACGUGUUUUUACCUACAGCCAUUGAUACGAUAUUUCCUUUCUACCCAAAGGCCGAUGGCCGAAAACGACUUAAUAGCCAGUCCGCUACAGCUAAAGAACGACUGAUGAAAAUUCCCGCCUCUGAUCUUCCUGAUAUGACGCUAUCGCACAACUAUAUGAAUUCCUCGAGGAGCCUAGAAGAUUCUUCGGUACCUGGACAGCAGACAACUUUUACUAGAUCAAAUAAACCUUCCGUUCGGAAGACUCGAAUUGUGGAAUCUUGCGCUACAGAAGAAGACGAAAAUAGCGACGAAGUAGACAGGUUUAUGAAAGAGCGCGAGACGGUGAGGGUUUUUGUUCAUGUUUAG